AUGUCUGAAGAAUUCCCAACUCCUCAAUUAAUCGAUGAUUUGGAGCAACAUCCACAGCAUGAUAAUGCUCGUGUCGUGAAAGAUUUGCUUGCAGGUACAGCAGGUGGUAUUGCACAAGUGCUAGUGGGCCAGCCCUUUGACACCACCAAAGUUAGAUUGCAAACAUCUAGCACUCCGACGACAGCUAUGGAAGUUGUCAAAAAAUUGCUUGCCAAUGAGGGCCCUCGUGGGUUUUACAAAGGGACUUUAACGCCGUUAAUCGGUGUUGGUGCAUGUGUUUCAUUACAGUUUGGUGUCAAUGAAGCUAUGAAAAGAUUUUUUCAUCAGCGUAAUGAUAAUAAGUCAUCAAUUCUAUCAUUACCACAAUACUAUACAUGUGGUGUCACAGGUGGCCUAGUGAACUCAUUUUUGGCUUCUCCCAUUGAGCAUGUCAGAAUUCGUUUACAAACCCAAACUGGUUCAGGCAGCAACGUAGAAUUUAAGGGUCCAUUGGAGUGUAUUAAAAAGUUAAAAAAUAAUAAAGGGUUGAUGCGUGGUUUGUCACCUACAAUGUUAAGGGAAGCUCACGGAUGUGGUACAUAUUUUUUGGUGUAUGAAGCAUUGAUUGCUAAUCAAAUAAGCAAUAAUCAUGGCCUGGAAAGAAGGGACAUUCCUACAUGGAAACUAUGCAUUUUUGGUGCAUUAUCCGGUACCGCCUUAUGGUUGAUGGUAUAUCCAUUGGAUGUCAUUAAAUCUGUCAUGCAAACAGACAAUUUACAAAAGCCCAAAUUCGGUAAUUCUAUUUCUAGUGUAGCAAAGACCUUAUAUGCUAAAGAAGGUAUUAGUGCGUUUUUCAAAGGGUUCGGUCCUACCAUGUUAAGAGCUGCCCCAGCGAAUGGUGCCACUUUUGCCACUUUUGAAUUAGCAAUGAGGCUGUUGGGCUAG